AUGGGGCUGGAUGUGAUUAUUCCAACCUCUCCCACAGACAUUCCCAAGGCCACGGAUUCCCGGCGGGGCUCCCUGUGCGACCGGCACUGCUCCACCACCAUCAACAACGACCUGGGCGACCUGGGCUGUCACCUGCACCGGCCCCGCGGCCCCAUGGCCACGCCCGAGGAGUGUGAGAGCUGCGCCAGGACCACCCUGACGACGGAGGUGCCGCUGGAGGGGGAGGUGAUCCUGUGCUGCUACCGCGCCGCCAACCCCUACUACUACAAGUACUCCGUGCACGGCCUCAACGUCUUCGCCGUCAACCUGCUGCCACUGGUGGUGGUGACGCUGCUGCUGGGCUACCUGGACAGCCACAACCACCUGAGCAGCUCCACCCUCAAGUUCUCCCUGGCCCUGCUCUCCAUCAUGCCCCUGUCCUACUACAUCGGGAUGGCCAUCGCCAGCAUCUCGGCGCAGAGCACGUUCGCGGUGGGGGCGGUGGUGAACGCCACCUUCGGCUCCGUCACCGAGCUCACCUUCUACAUCAGCGCCCUGCUCAAGGGCUCCCGCGAGGGCAGCGCCUGCUACGCCGAGGUGGUCAAGUCGGCGCUGACGGGCACCCUGGUGGGCUGCGUGCUCUUCGUGCCGGGUCUGUGCAUGGUCAUCGGGGGCAUCCGGCACCAGGAGCAGCGCUUCAACAGCCGCUCGGCCGGCGUCAGCUCCGCCCUGCUCUUCCUCUCCGUGGGAGGAGUCUUUGCCCCCACGCUGUUCUCCAAGGUCUACGGGAAGCUGGUGUGCGGCGAGUGCCACAACGUCACCCAGAACCCGCUGGGCCACUACCUGUGUCACAACUGCCACUUCGACCUGAUGGACCACAACGGCACCCUCUACUACAGCCACGUCCAGCCCCUGGUGUACACGGUGUCCCUGCUGCUCCCCGCCGGGUACCUGGUGGGGCUCUGCUUCACCCUCAAAACCCACUCCCACAUCUACGACAUCCACGUCAGCGACUGCCACAUGCCAGGCCACCACCCCAGCCCCGUGGUGCACUGGUCCCGCUGGCGAGCCCUGGUUAUUCUGCUGCUCUCCACGCUGUGCAUGUCGGCCUGUGCCGACCUGGCCACGGAGCACAUCAGCCCCAUCCUCACCAACUCCACCAUCUCCCAGUACUUCAUCGGUGUCACCGUGCUGGCCAUGGUGCCUGAGCUGCCAGAGAUUGUCAACGGCAUCCAGUUCGCCCUCCAGAACAACCUGAGCCUCAGCAUCGAGAUCGGGAGCUGCAUCGCCGUGCAGGUCUGCAUGCUCCAGAUCCCCAUCCUCGUGCUCUUCACCAUCUUCUACCCCUCCAACUUCACGCUGGUGUUCAGCGACCUGCACGUCUACGCCAGCAUGUUCAGCGUGGUGCUCAUGAACUACAUCUUCAUGGAUGGCAAAUGUGACUACUUCCAAGGCACGGUGCUGGUGAUGGUUUACUUCAUCCUCCUGGCCGUUUACUUCUUCGCCCCCUCGCCCAGCGGCUGCUGAGCUUCCGCCUCUCCCGACCCGCCGCGGCUUCCAGGAGUUCUCCGGGAUCUCAGGGACCGGCUCCGGGCUGGAAGCACCAUUCCCCGAGCUCCUGCUGUCGCCCAGCCCCUCCAGGGGGGCUUUGGGAUGGGUGGGAAGGGUUGGUGGCCGUGGAAUUGCUGCUGGGAUGAGUCACGGAGGUGUUGCCCGAGGGGCACUCCCAGCCCCCCUGGCAUGUUCCCAAGGGAUGUUAUCCCUAAAAAGGAGGGGCUGGAAGGGGGUUCCUGGGACAGGCCCUUCCCUUGGGAAGUGUUGCACUGGGAGGAGGGGCCGGGGAAGGUGAUCCCAGGGAGGGA